AUGGCCCCGGCACAGACAAUCAGCUACAACGUUGUCUGCUCCUCUUAUUUAUCUUACUAUGACAUUGUACUCCUGGGCUCACUCUCGCAGAGAGGCGACCAACACAGCAGGAGGUCGUCAUCCUUGGGAAGCAACAAACCACCAUUGCAAGACAUUGAGAAUGUGGCCUCUUAUAUCAAGCAGCAGGCAAACAGCAUCCUGGUGAUGGUUGGGGCAGGCAUGAGCACACCCUCUGGGAUUCCUGACUUUAGGUCUCCAGGGACUGGCCUGUAUGACAACCUGCAGAAGUAUGACCUGCCAUACCAUGAGGCAAUCUUUGACAUCCACUACUUCAUGAUGGACCCUCGGCCUUUCUUUACUUUGGGUGAGCAACAGAUGGGUGAAGCUGUGUUGCCUAACAGAGUAAACUUGUCAGAGGCCAAGAACACAUUAUCUCAAGACCUGUGCCCAGGAGUGAACUACAAGCCCAACACUGCUCACCACUUCCUGAGGCUGCUGCAUGAGGAGGGCAAGCUGCAGAUGGUCUACACACAGAACAUUGAUGGUCUGGAAAGAUUGGCUGGAAUACCUGAGGAGAAACUUGUUGAAGCUCACGGCUCCUUUGCCACGGCUUCCUGCACGCUGUGUGGCCGACGGCACGAUGCUGACCAGGUGAAGAGAGCAAUAGUUGAGGGAGCCGUGCCUGUGUUGUGUGAGGCGGCCAAGUGUAAGGGCAAAGUGAAGCCAGACAUUGUAUUCUUUGGUGAGAAUCUUCCCUCAGUGUUUUGGGACUACCAUCUGCAGGUUCCCUUCACUGACCUUCUGCUGGUGAUGGGCACAUCCCUUGAGGUGUACCCUUUUGCUAAGAUAGCGGAUGAGGUGACCCGCCAAACACCAAGAGUUCUCAUCAACCUGAGCGCGGUGGGAAGCUUUGGUUCUCGAGACAAUGACACCGUGUUGGGGGGAGACCUGGUGCACACUGUGGAGGAACUGACUAAGGCUCUUGGCUGGGAGGAGAAGCUUAGAGCCCUUGAGAAUAAUUACUUUUUACAGAAUGUCAUUGGAGCCAAGAGUGUGAGACUGUGGUGCCUUAUCUGGGCUGUCCUGUGUGGGAUUGCCAAUCUACUAAACAGAAUUGACAGAUUUGAUGCCCAGUUACAGUGUGCAGGCUUGAGGAACAUGCUUAGAGAGCCACAAGACAUGAGGGAGUGUGGUGAGGCAGAAGAGUUUGUGGACAAGAUUGUGUUCAGUAUAGAGAUAAAAUUGACCAAAGCUAGUGAUGCACUUGGAAUGAAUAGUAUUUUCUUAGUAUUGUAG